CUCUCUCUCUCUUUCCACUGCAACAAGAUCAUUCGACAAUGUGUUGUGUUAUAUUCACUCCCCUGUGUUUGUACGAGGGGAUUCUUUAUUAACCCCCCACCUUCACCUCCCUGCCUGCCAGCUUCGCUGUAGUUGUUGAUGUGGUCUUCGACACAGUUGGUCCCCAGCAUCUGAAGAGAAAAAUUCAUGUGCAAAGCUCCCAAGGCGCAUCAUGUGAGGAGGGGGCGUGCAGAGCAUCGGCCUCUGAGCUUUGAGGAUUUCGUGAGAGAGUGCGUGGAUCGAAGGCUAGUCGAAGACGAGAACAUUGGAUCUGUACGAGUGUAUGAUUGGGCGGACGAAAUAUCCAGCCACCAGACACUUGUCUUUGAGCAUCUGUUUCAAGAAAAUUAAAACAUGCCUUUUAGAAAUACAUUAGAACCUAUUGUGACAAUCGCGUCCGCACGAAUCCUUUUCUAAGUGGCCUCCUCCAAAUCUCUACCAUUUGAGUGAGAAACAUUUUAGAAUCAAGAAUAUCUAGGAUGAAGAGAAUCGGCCAAGCUUGUGAAAAAACCGACGACAUUUCGGAUGCCGCAAUCGUGAGAGAGAGUUUUUGAGAUCUAGGAGUAGAAGUGCUACAUUUAGAUAGCUUAAACAACUAUUUUCGGCAAUGGAGAAGUCUGCCGAGAAGGAAAGCUCACGGCGGAGCUGGCCCUGGAAAAAAAAGUCACAUGACAAAAUAUCUGCUGCACCGGAUCUUGGACCCUCUCCAGUCCCCUCUAAAUCAUAUGACAACCAUCAGAUAUGGGAGUGUCUGCAAACAGACGUGCCAAGCCAUCAGCGACAACCUUCACCAAUAAAGGUCUCAGGGUUGCAGGACCGCAAUCGAAUGGCUGUUGAUGAGGUGAAGGCACAUUGGUUGCAAUCAGAGGAGAGAGCCAAAAUUCUCUCGGAGAAGCUCUCUAAUGCGCUUGCUGAUAUUAAUUCGAAAGAUAAUGUUGUUAAGCAACACGUCAAAGUUGCUGAAGAGGCCGUGUCUGGUUGGGAGAAGGCCGAAUCAGAAGCAGUGUCAUUAAAAGCACAACUUGAUGCAGCACUACAGCAGAAACUGGCCACUGAGGAUCGAGUGGCACACUUAGAUGGGGCUUUGAAAGAGUGUAUGAAGCAGCUCAGGCAUCUUAGAGAGGAAAAUGAACAGCGUGUACAUGACACCUUGCUGAAGAAAACACGAGAAUAUGAAAAGCUCCGAUUGGAGAUGGAAGCAAGGCUGGCGGAUUCUUCCCACUUUUUAGCUCAAUCCCGAUCUGAGCUCCUGGAAGCAAGAGCUGAAGUUACAGCUCUUGGCCAUGCCUUACAGGAGCGUUCGCGUAGUGUUGCGGAGAUCAGCGAGGCGAAAGGGCGAGCUGAGACCGAGAUAAAAGUGCUGCAGGUGAGACUGGAGACGUUAGAGAAAGAAAACUCUCAACUGAAGUAUGAGGUACAUGUCCUUAAUAAAGAGCUCGAUAUCCGAAGUCAAGAAAGGGAAUACGAACGUAAAGCAGUGGACAUGGCCUCUAAACAACAUCUCGAGAGUGUGAAGAAAAUUGCUAAGCUCGAGGAAGAAUGCAAUCGCCUUCGUCUCUUAGUCCGCAAGAAGCUUCCAGGUCCAGGAGCAAUUCAAAGAAUGAGAAUGGAAGUGGAGGGUGUAGCUAGAGACCCAGCUGAUAGGAGGCGCAGGUCGAUGAGCCGUAGUGGUAGCCAAUUGGAUCUGCUAGCUGUUAACGGUGCUAUGCAAGACGAUGGACAAGAUGGGCGCACACAAGAAGCGCAAAUGUUGGCCGAGCGAGUGGUAGCUAUGGAUGAGGAGAUGAAGAUGCUAAAAGAAGCACUUGCACAACGAAAUGGGGAGCUCCACUCUGCUCGUCUUCUGUGCUCCAAAACCUCGACCCAGCUUUCCGCUGUGGAAGAAGAGCUCAAAAUUGCUAAAGAACAAAGUGAAGCGUCGAAAAACUCUAAUAGUCAAGCAAGCAACUUCUCCCAGGAGCUCACAAGCAGGAAGAGCGGCUCAUUGUUUGAAAAACCCAAAGAAUCUGUCAAAGCUAGGGACUCUCAAAACUUUGAACUUAUGGAUGACUUUGCGGAGAUGGAACGCCUUGCCAUGAGCGUGACCCUAACUGAGCCUCAGAGUGCCAUGUCCAUAACGCCCAACAAAUUAGUCAAGGACUUGGAAGAGGCCUUGGCGUCGAGGGCUCGGGAGCUGGAUGCCAAGUCACAAGACUUGCGAGUGGCCGAUCAGAUGUGCCAAGAACUGAGGGCGAAGUUGAAGGAAGCUGACAAGGAACUCGCUGCACUUCGUUCUCAAAAGGCAACCAAUGAAGCCUCUAUGGUAAGUUUGCAAGAACAGCUGGAUCUGUUAUCUCAGCGGGAACGACGCAGAAGUGGUAGCCAGUCCAAGCGGCUGUGUGCUUACACAUUGAAAGACAUCGUGGGUAAAGCUAAGUUUAACGACGAUGCAAGAACAACUUCUGAAGCUAGCUCGUUUGAAGGAGUGAUGUUUGAUGAACAGUCCUCGAUUUCAGAUGCUGAAUCAAAGGCCAGCACGGCGUAUUUGGAGCUCUCCAUUGCCUUACGCAAGAUUGUUCAUGUAGUGGAAAUGCUUGCUCAGACAACUGGGUACGAAUACACUCCAUCUCUCAGAGGCGUGUCGAAAUCCACAACCAAUGAAAUCUCGCUACAACUGGAUUGGAAAAACCACGAUUUAAAUGUAAUCAUGCGCAAUCUGGCGAACGUUAGCAACAAGCUUUUACGAGGAAAAUCUGAUGUUAUUGACUUUUUAGUGGAGGUGGGAAUAGUUUUAGAAUACAUUUUGGCUCUCAAGCCAUUGAGGAGCAUUUCUGGAGAAAGAACUGAAAUCUCUAGGGAAUCAACUAAUAAGGAUCCGAAGUUAAUGAGGGAUCAGGGCGCAAACUUGAAUGCGGAGCUUGAUCGUCUCAGAUUGGAGAAGGCCGACAUCUCCUCCCAAUUAGACAAGGCUGUUGAACAGGUUGAAUCACUCAAAAUGCAACUUCAAGCUGACAAGCAGCUGCUAACACGCGAAUGUUUACAACGUCAGCAUGGAGGUGAUUUUUCAAUCCUCAAAAGUAAGGAGGACGACAUGAUUGAAGAGGAGCUAAUGAGUCUAUCACAUUCAAAUCCUGCAUUCCGAGAUUUAAGUGGAGAGCUCACAAGAUUGCGGGAUAGAGUGGUUGACUUGGAAAGGGAGCUGCGUGGGGAAGUACAGCGAAACCAGAGCGUUGUUGCCAAGCUAGGAAACGUGCAACAUCCGGUUAAGAGGGAAGGCAAUGCCGUUAGUAGAGAGAUGUCCGUUGGAUCACACGGGGAUUCGUCCAGUCACUCAACUUCCGAAGAAGACGAAGAUACAAAAUCUGUUAAGCUGUUAAUUAGCCACUCCAUAAAACACGAGCACGAACGUGACGCCCAAGCAGCAGCCUUGGCGGAGUGCCAGAGAACCAUUCUAGCGCUAGGAAAGCACAUCAAAGGCUUGGGGACAAUUUCUCAUGGCCAAGAAGAAAGAGAGACGUCCCCAAAAUCUAUGCAACAUUCCAUAUCUACUGAAAAAAUGACACACACCAUGGAACACCGUCCCUGGUUAACAGAAGCAACCGGAGAUGUUCAGCCUCCAUCUUCCGACCUGACCAACGCUUCUGAUCUCACGACAGCAGGGCUUCGAGAGCAUGCCAACCAGUGGGUUAGCCCUAGCCCUCUUCAAGCCCUAAGUGGCCCUAGCUCUGGUGCAAUUCGUACUUCGAAUUCUGGUUUAAUCUAUCCUCAAUCUAUGCGAGCCAGCGAUUCAAGUUUCUGUAAUCGUGGAGAACAAAGUGGAAAUGGACUUGAAGUCGAACCUCGGCAAUCCGCACUAAGAAUUCCCUCGCCGGCUCAGUCUGAGAUUUACACACAAGGACCAGGGUCUAUGCCAGGCUCCCCUUCCCGGUCCUCUGCAACUCCAUCCUGGGCCUUGAGAAAUCGCCCAAGGGAAGUAAGUAGCGAGGCACAAGGGGAUUCUGAUGCAUCAGUGGAGAAAGUGCGUGAAAUUUCCAGCUUCAGCAGGUUCUGCUCAAGGUCACGAAGUGGCAGUAUAAGUGGGUCAUUUGGAUGAAGCUGAGUGGCAUAACCCACUAUACUUCGUGUGGUCACUUCUCACCAUCUAAACAUAGCCCAAUGUGAUGAACCACACGGUAAGCUACAUGCAGAUGCCCGCGUUGAUCAUUGCAAAACGGGUGCAGCUCAAUCUCAAAGUUCGAUCAAUUACAGGGGAGGCGACUUGAUGUUGCAUUAAUUUUUAAUCCACAGUAGUGUGAUUGUAAAGACCUGAAUGACUUCCAGCUGAGUGCUCUAAUUUGAAGUUGUUGCAGCUGGUUACUUCAGAAAAACAACUCAUUUUAUGGUGUUCCACAAGGAUUUUGCGCUUAUGAGGAUGUGGUCGAGGCAGGUUGUGUUGGAGCUACUUUUGUUGGUAGGUAUUCCUAAUUUGGUGGUGUGCAAUGCUAUCUAGAAAGCAGAACUAAACUAGCAGGAAGUACCAUGGCAUUCAAUUUAGGCAGUCAUCACAUGUAAUUAAGAGAAAGACUUUUCAAACCCCUUCCAAGGUGCACUGGAAGCCGCUGCUGUAGGCAGUCCAACGGGCAAGUCAGGUACUAGGUAGUGAUAUGUACAAUUAAAUGUACCAAUAAAUUCUUUCGCCGCAUUGAGGCAUUUACUUGAAUAGAUAAA